AUGAUAAAGCUAGAAACUAAUUUGAAAGCUAUAUUUAAAAAGAUUCACGAACCAAAAUGGAGGCGGACAAUGGUAAAAUAUGCUAGUGAUAACGGAAAAUUCCAACCCCCAUAUAAAAAAUUGAGAGAAGACUGGUGGGAAGCGAACAGAAAAGAAAUAUGGGAAGCAAUGACCUGCUACUGCCCCGGACGAAGCUCAUUUAAUAAUACCUAUCAACGGAUGAAAUCUAGAGAUGAUUCGGAGGUAUCGAACAUCAUGUUAAGAUACGCUCCAUCCACUGGAGGGAGUAAUCUCAAGAAUCCUUUACUUCGAAUAUAUGUGAAGAUUCCAGGAAUACAACGGAAACCCUAUUACUAUACUUUAUGGAAAUAUAGAAAUACGGAUGUAAAUAAACCUGGUGGAUUACACGAUACGGAACAAAAGCGAGAGAAUAGAUCCACAUGGCUCAGACAAUGUGUUUAUGUUGAUCAAUUGAAAAUUACUACUUUAACCAUUUCAACAUUUUAUGACACUCCAGCGAAUUGGUAUGUGCAGAACAAUAAUACACAACCUUCCGUCAGUUCUGUGAUCUUGGAGGAUAGUUAUCAUUCCAUGCCAAUGGUUACUUAUAUACCAAUGAAGCGUGACUGA